UCUCUCUCUCUGUACUCUUUCCCCUCUCUCUCUCUCUCUCUUACAUACUUCAUUCUUUGGUAUUAAAAAGAGAACAAACUCAGAAAGGGGCACAGCAAACAUAACACAAAACACAAAGAAAGAAAGAAAGAGAAAAGAAAAAUGGAAGAAGAGAAGAAGGUGUGGGAGAACAUGAAGGUUCUCUGCAUUUCUGCAGUGGUGUGUUUGUUUGUGCUUCGAGGGAUGGCGUAUCUGUGGUGGAGGCCGAGGAAGAUGGAGCACCACUUUGCCAAACAAGGCAUAAGAGGCCCUCCUUACCGCUUCUUCAUCGGCAAUGCUAAGGAGAUUGUGAGCCUAAUGGUGAAAGCCUCCUCUCACCCCAUGACUUAUUGCCACAACAUUCUCCCUAGAGUCCUCCCUUUCUACCAUCAUUGGAAGAAAAUCUACGGUGCAACAUUUCUAGUGUGGUUCGGGCCGACGGCGCGUUUGGCGGUUGCUGAUCCAGACCUGAUUAGAGAAAUCUUCACAUCAAAAUCAGAAUUCUACGAGAAAAAUGAGGCGCACCCUUUGAUCAGACAGCUUGAAGGCGACGGGCUUUUGAGCCUCAAGGGUGAGAAAUGGGCACUCCACAGAAAAAUCAUCACCCCUACUUUCCACAUGGAGAAUCUCAAGAUGUUGAUACCAGUGGCCGCCGGCAAAGUGGUUGAAAUGUUGGAGAAAUGGUCAAAGGAGGUUGGAGAUGGAGAGGUGGAAAUUGAAGUCUCGGAAUGGUUCCAAACCUUGACAGAAGACAUUGUUGCCCAGACAGCUUUCGGCCAUAGCUAUGAAGAUGGCAAAGCCAUUUUUAGGCUUCAAGCUCAACAAAUGGUUCUCGCCAGUGAAGCCUUCCAGAAAGUUUUCAUCCCCGGCUACAGAUUUCUGCCCACGAAAAGGAACAUAAAAUCUUGGAAAUUGGAGAAGGAGAUAAAGAAAUCAUUAAUGAAGGUUAUCGAAGAAAGGAGAGGGAAUUGGGGGAAGGAGAAUCUUGAGAGCGGGCCCAAGGAUUUGCUGGGACUCAUGAUCCAAGCCAGCAUGAAGGAAGCUUCCAAGAAGGGAGGGGGCGAGGUGAGCUAUUCGCCGUCGCCGUCGCCGUCACCGGCGUCGACGAUCACCGUCAACGACAUUGCGGAGGAGUGCAAGACGUUCUUCUUCGCCGGGGAGCAAACGACGUCCAACCUGCUGACGUGGACGACGGUGCUGCUGGCGAUGCACCCACACUGGCAGGACCAAGCACGUGAGGAGGUGCUCAAGGUGUGCGGACCACGUGACAUACCCUCCAAAGAUGAUAUUGUCAAGCUUAAGAUGUUGAGCAUGAUUCUGAAUGAGUCCUUACGUCUCUACCCUCCGAUCGUCGCCACCAUCCGUCGGGCAAAGGCUGACGUGGAGCUCGGAGGAUGCAAGAUCCCGCGUGGGACUGAGCUACUCAUACCCAUCCUAGCCGUUCAUCAUGAUCAAGCCAUAUGGGGCAAUGACGUCAACGAGUUCAACCCGGCCCGAUUCUCAGAAGGGGUGGCCCGCGCAGCCAAGCAUCCCGUGGCUUACAUUCCUUUCGGGCUGGGCGUUCGUCAGUGCAUCGGACAAAACCUCGCAAUCCUUCAAACGAAGCUUACGUUGGCGAUCAUGCUCCAACGCUUCUCCAUCCGGUUGUCGCCGCGUUAUAAACACGCUCCGACGGUGUUGAUGCUUCUGCACCCACAAUUCGGGGCUCCCCUCAUAUUUCAACGCUUACCCGAACAUGAACCCGAAACCACAACCAUGCAAGAUCAAGGGUCCUGGUAGCGCAAAAUACCUAAACUACCCCUAUCCUUCCGUUGUGUGAGUGCAUAUAUGCUUAGCUUCUCAAAUGACCCACCAAGAAAACAAAAAAGAAAAGAAAAAGGAGGAAAAAAAUGUUUAUUAGAAGCAUAAGUUGUAGGAAAUUAGGAUAUAAAAUCGGUGUGAUUCCUUAAUUGCCCUUUGCCCAAUGGCCAAUUGCUAAUAGAAUGACUGACCCAAAAGUAGAGGCAUGCUCUGUGUUUUGCCAAAGAGUUUGGAUUUUCAGCAUGCUAGCUACCUCCCCUGGCUAGCGUCUUUUAGUCUUUUAGGAUUUUUUUAAAAUCUUUUUUUUUUUUUUUUGGUUUAACUUGGUGACCCAAUCAGCUCCGAUCCCCAUCAUCAUCAUCAUCCCUUAUGUGUAUGUAAUGUAUAUGUGAAGUAGUCCUAACACAGUUUUGUUAUAUUACCAUAUAUACCCCCUUCAUGAUUGUGAAAUAUGGUAGGUUUGUGUUGGAUGGAAUUGACACUCUUUCUAAUUUCUAUACAUUUUUU